UUUGAGUUAAAUUGUGCGUAUAACAUGAAAAAAAGACAUAAAAUGCAUAAUAUUCAAUAGAAACUGAAAAUUAGUGAAGUAAAAAAUUAUAGCACGAACAAUUGUGACGGUUGGAACAGCAAUGAUGUCGUGACCUGAGGAGAGAACCACCGCGCACCACCACGCCAUUACCGGAAUGACAACGACGUCACGAAUUGCGGCAACAACGACGGCAUGGCGAAUAGAGAGAACGACAGUGCCUAACGAACAGAGAGAGCCGUCCGCGAGGAGAGGGUGAAGACAAGAAGGAACCUAAUCGCGACAGUAACGUUGGGAAGUAAGUUGGAUUAGUGAUGGUGAUGUGUAAUCGGUGGUUAGGAAGAACAAGGGAUCGUUACUGUUACCACGGUGAGUUUCUGAUCCGAUGGAUGACGAGUAGCAGGAGGGUCCAAGAUAGGAGCAAGAAGAAGAGGGUUCACGACCUUGAAGUUGUAACUGAGAAAUGGAAGAUAGUCUCCAAAAUCAUUUACUUAAUGGAGCUUUUGAAGCAAGAACCCGAAAUGGUUAUUCCUGUUCGCUCCCUAGAGAAUCACCGCAGGCAAAUCAACCUCCCUAGGCCCCACCGAAUCUCUGAUUUCCUCCGCAAAACCCCCAAACUCUUUGAACUCUACAAGGACCAAAAGGGGGUCCUAUGGUGUGGCAUGACCCCAAAAGCUGAGGACUUGAUGGAACAACAACAAAGGGUCAUCGAGGACCAUGCUGACAAGGCUGCAGAAUACGUUACAAGGUUUCUCAUGAUGUCAGUGGAGAAACGCCUUCCGUUGGAGAAGAUUGCUCACUUUAGAAGAGAUUUUGGGUUGUCCUUGGAUUUUAGAGUCCAUUGGGUGCACAAGUAUCCUCAACAUUUUAAGGUGGUGAAAACACUUGAUGGGAUUGAGUUUUUGGAGCUUGUGUCUUGGAAUCCUGAAUGGGCAAUUACUGAGUUGGAGAAGAAGGCGGUGAGAGGAGCUGCUGGAAGUGGAAGUGAAAGUGAAUUCCCUGGCAUGCUUUCACUUCCAUUCCCUUUGAAGUUUCCUUCAAAUUAUAAGAGGGUAUAUCGGUACUAUGCUGAAAAGAUUCAACAUUUUCAGGAGAUGUCUUAUUUGUCUCCCUAUGCAGAUGCCCGUGGACUUAAGGCUGGUUCUUUGGAGUUUGAUAAAAGGGCUGUUGCUGUUAUGCAUGAAUUGCUUAAUUUCACUAUUGAGAAGAGGUUGGUCACUGAUCACCUUACUCACUUUCGUUGGGAGCUUGUGAUGCCUCAGAAAUUGAUGAGGCUUCUAUUGAAGCAUUGUGGGAUCUUCUAUGUGUCAGAGAGGGGGAAGAGGUUUAGCGUGUUUUUGACUGAGGCUUAUGAGGGUUCUGAGCUCAUUGAGAAAUGUCCCUUGGUGCUGUGGAAGGAGAAGGUUCUAGGGCUUGUGGGUUACAGAGGGAGGAAGAAGAAGUUGGAGGUUUCUAGUGAGGGGUCUGAUGCGGAAUGUUUUGAUGAUUUGGUUUCGGACCAGUGUGAUUCUGAAUUGGGGGAGUUGCAUGUGAAGAUUGAUCAAACUGGUACCUUGGACUAUGAGGAUCCUUUACUUGGGGAUGAUCUUGAGAUGGAUGUUGGAGAGAUUGCCCAAACUUAUCGAAAAUUUGAAAACUCAUGAGUUUGGUGCCUCAGGAGCUCAGCUACAGACCAAGUGUAAUUUUCUACUGAAUAGUGAGCGCUUAUAUGGGCAAGUUGGAAAGAUAAAACAGACUGAAGAGAUCUUCUUGGAGAUGCUUGAUGUGGAAUGUGGUCAAGAUCAAGUAGGGUGCAUGAUGCUAUUUCAUCUAAUAUAUUUGUUAUGUGUGCUGCAAGCUCAGUCUUUAUUUGUUUACGUUGUUCUGUAGCUUUUUCUUGAUGGAAUUCAUUUGUUAGCCAUAUUUAGAGUGUGUUUGGUGUGCCCUAGGUCCUUGGGCCAGUCUUGUGGGAUCAGUUUUGCCGGUUUUGUUACGUGUGAGCAGCUUUGUGGUAUGAUGCUCGAUGCUUCGGAGUCAGUGUAAUGCAGGAAGAAGGUAUAGAACCUCGAAAGGUCAGUUGCAAUAUCAUGAUCAACGUAUAGGCCAAUGCUCGAGUUCUUAUCGAAACAGAAAAUAUCUAAUUUGUAAACCUGGAGAAAACCUUACAUGCUAUCCAUAGGAAAGGCAUUCCACCAUCUUGUGUCCAUUUUAAUAUUUUACUCCACGCUUUCACAAAAGCUAGGUUGAUGAAGCCAAGAGGGUUUACGAGGAGCUAUCAACUUUUGGUAUAGUUCCUGACCUUGUAUGUUUUAUCGUACCAUCCUGAAAUGUGGAUAUGUGGAAAGAAGGAAUGAACUAUUUUGAAAGUAUAUGUGAGUUAACAAAAGGCGAAAGGUUCAUCAUGA